CGCCCAAACCUAGGGUCUUUUUGUAAUCGCCAACCUGCAUGUUAUACAAAUGUCGCUUUUGCGGGCUCUACCAACAAAUCGGUCGAAUGUUUUCGUCGCGUCUCGUAUGCUCGAUCGUAUUUUGGAGUAACAUUACGAAUGAUACGUACGUCAGACUUCUCAUCACAUCAUGUACAUUAAACAGGUAAUUAUCCAAGGAUUUAAGUCAUAUCGUGAACAGACAGUUGUUGAGCCUUUUGAUCCAAGACACAAUGUAGUGGUUGGCAGAAACGGUUCUGGAAAGAGUAACUUCUUUUACGCGAUUCAAUUUGUCCUUAGUGAUGAAUUCUCUCAUCUCAGACCAGAUCAGAGACAGGGACUGUUGCAUGAAGGAACAGGACCUCGUGUUAUAUCUGCCCAUGUAGAAAUCAUAUUUGAUAAUUCUGAUGGAAGAUUACCGAUCGAUAAAGAUGAAGUUUAUUUAAGAAGAGUAAUCGGCUCCAAGAAAGACCAAUAUUUUCUCAACAAAAAGAUUGUAACAAGGAAUGAUGUAAUGAAUUUAUUAGAGUCGGCAGGAUUUUCUAGGUCUAAUCCGUAUUAUAUUGUGAAGCAAGGAAAGAUAAACCAAAUGGCAACAGCACCAGAUUCCCACAGAUUGAAAUUAUUAAGAGAGGUAGCAGGUACUAGAGUAUAUGAUGAUAGAAGAGAAGAAUCAAAAUCUAUUUUGAAAGAAACAGAAGGAAAACUAGAAAAAAUCGAGGAUUUUCUGCGAACAAUAGAAGAGCGUUUGCAAACACUUGAAGAAGAGAAGGAAGAACUGAAAGAAUAUCAACGUUGGGACAAACAACGUCGUUGUUUAGAAUAUACGAUCCAUGAACGUGAACUUAAAGAAAAUAAAAGAAAAUUAGAAGAGCUCGAGGAGUCUAGAGCAAAUAGUGGAGCCGAACAGGCGAGAUUAGGUGCCGAAGCUAAAACAGCGCAAGAAAUGGUACGUGCAGCUACGAAGAGGCUAAAGGAAGCAAAAAAGGAAGUGCAAACUGCCAAAGAAGAAAGAGAUACUCUUAGUGCAGAGCAACAGCAAUUGCUGAAAGAAAAAAACAAAUUAACUUUCACUAUUAACGACUUGCUAGAAGAAGUAAAAGGUGAUAAUGACAGCAAGAAACGAGCUCAACAAGAGUUGGAAAAGUUGAAGUCUAAUAUCGCUGCUCGAGAAACCGAGUUAAAGUCUCUUAAGCCAGAGUAUGAACGAAUGAAACGUGUUGAAGAGGAGUGUACACGAGAAUUACAGUUAAAAGAGCAGAAACGAAAAGAAUUAUAUGCUAAACAAGGUCGUGGUAGUCAAUUUACUACUAAGGAUGAAAGAGAUAAGUGGAUACAAAAUGAGCUUAAGCAGCUUACGAAACAGAUAAAGGAUAAAGAAGAGCAUCAAAAAAAAAUUAGCGAAGAUUUAAAACGUGAUGCAGAGAAACAAAUUGCUUUGGAGAAAAAAAUAGGAGAUCAUACACGCGAGAUGGAACAGCAACGUGCAUCAAUAGACGAUCAUAACAAGCAAUAUUAUGAGCUUACGAAAUCGAAAGAUCAGUGUCAAGCAACUCGAAAAGAACAUUGUAGUGGACGAAAAGAUAUGGCUAAUGAAGUGAGCAGCUAUUAUGGGCCUGUAAUUGAAAAUUUCAACUGUGACAAGAGCGUCUAUAUGGCAGUUGAAGUAACCGCUGGGAAUAGAUUGUUUCAUCACAUUGUGGAGACCGACAAGUUUGGCACAAAAAUUUUAAAAGAAAUGAACAAUCAACGGUUGCCAGGAGAAGUAACUUUUAUGCCACUGAAUAGACUUCACGUAAAGGAUAUUGAUUAUCCACAGACUUCUGAUGCUAUACCCAUGAUAUCCAAGUUGAAUUAUGAUCCCAAAUUUGAUAAAGCGUUAAGAUAUAUAUUUGGAAAGACUUUGAUCUGUCGUAAUUUGGAAGCAGCAACGACUUUGGCGCGGGAUUCUGGCUUAGAUUGCGUUACAUUAGAAGGAGACCAAGUUUCAUCCAAAGGCUCUUUAACUGGUGGAUAUUUCAAUACACUCAGAUCACGGCUUGAGAUACAAAAAACUAGAUCGGAAUUAAUGUCACAAAUUUCUACUCUUGAAACUCAAUUAACGACGCUUAAAGAAGAAAUCAGAAAGGCGGAUCAAAAUAUUAGUUCUUACGUUAGCGAAAUGCAGAGAACUGAAACUAAAAAUAGUAAAGCUAAAGAUAUAUACGACAAAAUGAAAGCAGAAAUACGUCUUAUGAAGGAAGAAUUAAGUGCUAUAGAAAGAUAUCGAACACCAAAAGAAAAAAGUCUUGCACAAUGUACUUCAAGUUUGGAAGCUAUGCGUGCGACUAAAGACGGCCUGGAGAGUGAAUUACAUCAAGAACUUAUGGCACAGUUAUCCGUUGCAGAUCAGCAUCAGGUCGAUACUUUAAAUGACGAUAUCAGACGUUUAACAAAGGAGAACAAAGAAGCAUUCGCGAAACGAAUGCAAUUAGAAGCAGAAAAAAAUAAAUUAGAGAACUUAUUAACGAACAACUUAGUGAGAAGGAAGGAUGAGCUAGUUCAAGCUUUACAAGAGAUAUCGGUCGAAGAUCGGCAGCGUCAGCUUGAUUCAUCAAAGAUCCAGUUAGCGGAUAUUGAAAAGAGAUUAGUGAAAGUAAACGAGGAUUUCAAAGCACAAAAUGAAAAAGUAACCAAUGCCAUGAAGAAACAAAAAUCGGAGUCUGCGGAAGUUGAGAAAUGGAAAUUAAAAGAAAAAGAAGCGCAAGAGAAGAUUGAAGCGGAUGCGAAAGACUUGGAAAAAUUAGCAAGCAAGUUAAAUAUCUUGCAACAGAAAAUAGUUGAGUGUACACAAAAAAUUACUGAACUUGGCGCAUUGCCUAGUCACGAAGCUUAUUCUAAGUUUAGUACAAUGUCCACGAAACAGCUUUUUAAGGAAAUGGAAAAGGCAAAUAACCAUUUAAAAAAAUAUAGUUAAUUACUUAAAACUAUUUUGAAAUAUACUAUAGAAUGAAUCGAGUGAAUCAAUACUAGUGAAUCGAAAAUUUAUUAUAUAAUGUAUACACACGGAAAAAAACAGAAAUAUAUAUAUAUAUAUAGUGUAUAUAUAGUGUAUCUAAACUUUUAAAGUAGUGAAGGAUUAAUGUUUUAAAAAUCUGUCAUGAUAAUAUAUUUUAAAUUUCAUGUGACAAUAUUUUUUUCUUUUUUUAAGGUGAGCAAGUAUUUUAGUGAGGUAUUCAAAAAACUUGUACCUUCAGGCCAUGCACAAUUGGUUAUGAAGACUGCGGACGGCGAUGAAGGGGAUGAUGGAACAGCGGAACCAUCAGAUUCUGAUAGAUUUAUAGGCGUAGGUAUAAAGGUGUCAUUCACAGGACAUAGAGGCGAAAUGCGAGAGAUGAAUCAAUUAUCUGGUGGACAAAAAUCACUCGUAGCAUUGGCCCUGAUAUUCGCGAUACAAAAAUGCGAUCCUGCACCGUUUUACUUGUUCGACGAAAUCGAUCAGGCACUAGAUGCACAACACAGAAAAGCAGUAGCAGAUAUGAUCCACGAGCUUAGUUCUGACGCUCAGUUCAUUACCACGACAUUUAGACCGGAAUUACUGCAUCAUGCAAACAAAUUCUAUGGAGUGAAGUUCAGGAAUAAGGUUUCGCAUGUCGAAUGCGUGACGCGGGAAGAAGCGGCUGAUUUCGUCGAGGACGAUACAACACACGGUUAAAAAUAAAAUUAAAAUAUUCAUAAUUUACAAUUAGUUUUUUGCAAAGUUUUUUUGCGUGAUUUCAAGAGAUAACACAUGUACAAAUGGAUCAACUUUGUUAUGAUUUCCGUUGAAAUUUUCUUCAUAUUGACAGGUUUUUUUGAGAUACUUUAUGAAAUCACAUAAAGAGAAAAUAUUAAUUUUUUAAGUGUAUAUUUGGAUUCUUUGCAUAGAUCAUUGUAAUAAUAGUCAUAUUACACACGACGAAUAUUAAUAGAAAAUGCAAGAGUUUUGGUAAUUUAAUAUUUUAUUUGUAACAGAUUAUAUGUUAUGAAAACAUUGCAAAAUAUAAUUGAAAUUUGGUAUAUAUAUAUGAACUGUUUUUUAUAUUAUAAACUUUGUAAAAUAAAAUGACUAUGAUAAACACGGUAAUAUCAGUUUAUGAAAUUUCAGAACAAUUGUUCCAUUAUAAUUAGUUUUUUAAGUGGAACAUAAAAAAGGUGUUAAUAAGAUAUUAAUAAAUAAUUUCCAAAAA